UCCGGUCGGCAUUUUGUUCUGCGAGAGAGGGGGAGAGUCUGUGUGGAUCCUUUUAUCACCGCGUCAAUAGUCUUUCAGUUUUUACUUCUAAUUAUUUUCCAGAAUCUAGAAGAAAUAGGUACAAUCUCGCAUCAGUUUCAGAGCGCCACCGGUGAGAGCACCGGUUAAGGGAAUGCUCACCUCCCUCAAGCAUUCAUGUUUGCUGUGAGAAGGAAGAAGAACGAACCCUCCCGACCCGGAUUAUUGUUGUUAUAUUACUCGGAGGAGCUGUGAGAGCGAUUGAACGGAGGGGGAGCUAGACGCGGAUCCGAAAACACCAACCAUUUCUUUUUAAACAUCACAUCCUGAGCGGUUGGGAGAUGUGAAGAGCGGCCAGAGGGAGGCGACGUUAAGCGAUCUGUGCAUCCUCACGACCCCCCCCCCACCCUUCAGCAUGAAUGGGGAUAUGCCUCAUGUGCCCAUCACCACUCUCGCUGGGAUCGCUAGCCUCACAGACUGGGGUGCAGUGUUGAACCAGCUGCCUCUGCCCUCUCCGCUGCCUGCCACCACCACCAAGAGCCUGUUGUACAAUGGGAGGAUCGCCGAGGAGGUGGGCUGCCUGUUGGCCUGCCGCGACGAGACGCUCGUGUCCCAGUUGGCCCACAGCCUUACGCAGGUCUCCACCGAGCACAUAGAGCUGAAAGACAACCUGGGCAGCGAUGACCCAGAGGGAGACGUGCCAGUGCUGCUGCAGACGGUGUUGUCCAGGAACCCCAACAUCUUCAGGGAGAAAAGUACGGCAACGCGCGUCGGGGUUCAGGGCGGUAUCAUGCAACAGCAAAUGGUCUCACAGUAUAAGAUGUCCCAAAAUUCCAUGCACGGAAGCCCGGCAUCAACAAACUACCAGCAAACCACUAUUUCACACAGUCCUUCCAGUCGCUUCGUUCCCCCACAGACGGGCACGGGGAGCAGGUUCAUGCCCCAGCAGGGCAGCCCGGUGCCCAGCCCCUACGCCCCCACGAGUCCUGCAGGGUACAUGCAGCAGUACUCCCACCCCCCCAGCUACUCCCAACACCAACAGCAGAUCCAGCAAGGGUCAGUGGCCAGUCCCAUGGUGCCUGGUGGCAUACGGAACAUCCACACAGACAAUAAGGUCUCGGGGCAGAUGGCCAGCAACUCCGCCAAUCACAACAGCGAUGACUACAUGAACAUGGUGCACAGGCCCAUGGGCAGCGGGGAGGGUGACAUGAGAAACGCCACGUUCCCCCUCAGAUCGCCUGUCUGCUCGCCUGCAGGGAGUGAAGGCACCCCAAAAGCCGGGUCACGACCGCCACUCAUCCUGUCCCCGCCCCCUUACUCGUCCCCGCGGGAUGCGGCGGCGGCGGCCGAGCUGCUGCUGGACUCGCCCGAGCACCGGAAGAAGCAGCGCAAGCAGCUGGGCGAGGCGGCCGACGGCAAGACAGUCCCCGCCAUGUACGACAUCGUCAGCCCGUCCUCCAAGGACUCGACCAAGCUCACGCUCAAGCUCUCGCGGGUCAAGUCGUCGGAGAGCGACUCGGCCGCGCCCGGCGGCGCCAACGCCGAGCUCCUGGCGGGCAUGGAGCCCGGGUCGGACGCCGAGGGCGAGCUGCCCUACAGCCUGCAGCCUUUCCGCACCGCCGGCGACCCGGCGCAGAGGCUGGGCCCGGGGCACUGCGGCGGGGAGCAGUCGGGGUACCAGCAGGUGCCCGUGCUCCAGAACACGGGCGGUGUGCCGGGCCGGAUGACCGCGGUCAGCGGGACGCCGUACGACGAGGCCGAGAUGGACGCGCUGGCCGAGAUCGAGAGGAUCGAGCGGGAGUCGGCCAUCGAGCGCGAACGCUGCUCCAAAGAGGUCCAAGAUAAAGAUAAGCCACUGAAGAAACGGAAGCAGGACUCGUACCCCCAGGAGCCCGGCGCCGGAGGGACUGCGGGGGCCACUGGGGGCCCGGGGAUGGGCGGCGGCGGCAGUGCAGGCCACAAACUGGCCCCGCAGGAGGCCAGCGCCGCCAGCAACGGGGCCAACCGCCUCGCGCUCAUGGUCAGCAUCGACCUGCAGCAGGCCGGCCGGGGGGAGGGUCAGCUGGAGCCCGUGGCCACCCCUCUCCCCGCCCUGGAGGCACAGCGGUGGCCCGAGGAAGGGCCAGAGUCGGCGGGGGUCCUGCGCAUGCGCUCGAAGACGGACGGCGAGGUGCAAAAGGCCGACGGGCGGCCGGAGGUCAUCAAACAGCGCGCCGACACGCCGCAGAAGCCGGGUCCAGACGGCCACGCCGAGAUGCCCCGGCACAAGCAGGACGGCCGGCACGACCGGGAGCGGGAGAGAGGAGAGCGAGACUCGGGAAAGGCCAGCUCGGAGCGGAGGCCCGACGGGUCAAAGCACAGGCACGACGGCAAGCCCGAUGGCAAGAAACACCCCGACACGCCGCGGAAAUCGGACUCGGCGCGUGACGGACAUCGAGAAGACCGACACAAGGACCGGGACAGAGAACGGGACAAGGACCGGGAGAAAGAACGGGACAAGGACCGGGAGAAAGAGCGCGACGGCGACUCCUCUCGCGUCCGCCGGCCCGAGACCCCGAAAUCCUCGGACCGGCACGAGCGUCGGGACCGGGAAAAAGACAGACGGUCACGGGCAGACGGUGAAGGGCGCGACCGCGAGCGAGACCGCGAGCGCCGGGAACGGGAGCGGGGCGACAGCCCCCGCGUGAAACAGGAGCGGGACGGCAACCGCCCUCGGCCCGACCGCCCCGACCGGCCCGGCGGGAAGGACUCCGAGCGGCGGAGCGGAGGUGGCGACUCAGGCAGAAGCCGCCCCGACAGCCACAAACAACAACAACAACAACAACAACAACAGCAACAGCAGCAGUCCGGCCCGGACACCAAACCCGGCAGUGACUUCCCGUCCUUCCUGCUCGGCGGGAAGACCGGAGCGCUGAAGAACUUUGUGAUUCCCAAGCUGAAGCGGGACAAGGACGGCAAAGUGAUCGCCGACCUGCAGCGGGCGGAGGGCUGGAGCGAGCCCCGCGUCAAGCUGGAGCGCAUCGGCCCGGAAAAGGGCCCGAGCCUGGACAAGGGCCUCAACAAGGGGGCCAAGCCCGUGGUGGUGCUCCAGAAGCUCUCCCUGGACGAGGUCCAGAAGAUCAUCCGCAAGAGCAAGAGCAGACCGUCGUCCUUUGGGAAAUCCUCGAAAGCGGCGUACGACCAGAGCGUGCUGCGGGAGCUGCCGCCGCACCUGAUGGCCGAGAUCGAGUCCACCAUGCCCCUCUGCGAGCGCGUCAAGAUGAACAAGCGCCGGCGCAGCACGGUCAACGAGAAGCCCAAGUACGCCGAGCCCAGCUCCGACGACGACGAGGACACCUCCUUCGCCGAGCCCUCACGGAAGCGGAAUAGGCGGGAGCGGGACAAGGCGUGGGACGGCGAUGACCGCGAGCGGCGGGGUUCCGGGGAGCAUCGGCGCAGUGGUGGCGGCGGCGGCGGCGGAGGUUGGGGCGGUGGCGGUGGCGGUGGCGGUGGCGGCCGGCAGAGGGAGCGCAGCCCAGAGGAGUCGGACGAGGAGUCGCCCCCACCCAGCAUGAGCGACAUCGCCAGAAAGUUGAAGAAGAAAGAGAAGCAGAAGAAGCGGAAGGCGUACGAACCCAAGCUCACUCCAGAAGAAAUGAUGGACUCCUCCACGUUCAAGAAGUUCUCUGUAUGUGUGGACAAUAUUCUGGAUAACCUGGAGGAUGUGGAUUUCACAGCGUUAGACGAUGAUGAGAUCCCUCAGGAACUGCUCCUUGGCAAGCAACAGCUCAGUGAGCUGGGCAGCGAGUCAGCCAAGAUCAAGGCCAUGGGCAUCACAUUCAGGCUUCCAUCUGACAAGCUUGUGAAGGUCUUGAACAUCUUGGAGAAGAACAUCCAGGAUGGAUCCAAGCUCUCAACUAUGAUGAAUCACGACGCGGACGCGGAAGACGAGGAGCGUCUGUGGCGUGACCUCAUCAUGGAGCGGGUCACCAAGUCGGCAGACGCGUGCCUGACGGCGCUCAACAUCAUGACGUCGCCGCGCAUGCCCAAGGCCGUGUACAUCGAGGACGUCAUCGAGCGAGUGUUGCAGUACACCAAGUUCCACUUGCAGAACUCGCUCUACCCCCAGUACGACCCCGUGUACCGCAUCGAUCCACAUGGAAGUGGCUUGAUGAGCUCCAAGGCCAAACGUGCUAAAUGCUCCACACACAAGCAGAGGGUCAUCGUCCUGCUCUACCACAAAGUGUGUGACAUCGUCAGCAAGAUCUCGGAGCUCCUGGACAUCCAGCUGCUGACCGACACCACCAUCCUGCAGGUCUCCUCUAUGGGCAUCACUCCAUUCUUUGUGGAGAACGUGAGUGAGCUGCAGCUGUUUGCCAUCAAGCUGGUCACCGCGGUGUUCUCUCGGUAUGAGAAGCACAGGCAGCUGAUCCUGGAGGAGAUCCUCACGUCGCUGGCCCGGCUGCCCACCAGCAAGAGGAGCCUGAGGAACUUCAGGCUGAACAGCAGCGAUGUGGAUGGGGAACCCAUGUACAUCCAGAUGGUGACAGCUCUGGUGCUGCAGCUCAUCCAGUGCGUAGUGCAUCUGCCCACGGAGAAGGACGCGGACGAUGAGUACGACAAGAAGGUGGAUCACGAUCUCCUGAUUACAAACUCGUACGAGAAUGCGAUGAGGACGGCCCAGAACUUUCUCUCUGUGUUCCUCAAAAAGUGUGGCAGUAAGCAAGGGGAGGAGGACUACCGGCCACUGUUUGAGAACUUUGUCCAUGAUCUCCUUUCCACGGUUAACAAGCCGGAUUGGCCGGCUGCCGAGCUGCUGCUAAGUCUGCUGGGACGUCUACUGGUACACCAGUUCAGUAAUAAGCAGACGGAGAUGGCUCUCCGGGUGGCCUCGCUGGACUACCUGGGGACCGUUGCUGCUCGCUUGCGCAAGGACGCGGUCACCAGCAAGAUGGACCAGAAAUCCAUUGACCGAAUAUUGCGGGAGGCCUCGGGCAACGAUGAGACUCAGCAGCUUCAGAAGGCACUGCUGGAUUAUCUGGACGGGAACUCGGACAACGACCCCUCAUUGGCGUUUGCCCGUAAGUUCUACAUCGCGCAGUGGUUCCGCGACACCACCACGGAGAUGGAGAAGGCCAUGAAGAACCAGAACCAGAAGGACGACGACUCGGACAGCCAGCACCACGCCCGCGAGAUGGAGACCACCAGCGAGAUCAUGCAGCGCGCCGAGGGCCGCAAGAAGUUCCUGCGCGUCAUCGUCAGCAGCCUGCCCGCGCAGUUCAGCUCACUCAAGAUGAACUCGGACACGGUUGACUACGAAGACGCCUGCCUGAUCGUCAGAUAUUUGGCCUCCAUGAGGCCGUUUGCGCAGAGCUUUGAUAUUUAUUUAACACAGAUUCUGAGAGUGUUGGGGGAGAGUGCCAUCGCGGUGCGGACCAAAGCCAUGAAGUGUCUGUCGGAGGUGGUGGCUGUGGAUCCCAGCAUUCUCGCAAGGUCGGACAUGCAGCGCGGGGUGCACUGUCGUCUCAUGGACAACUCCACCAGCGUGCGCGAGGCCGCCGUAGAGCUGCUGGGUCGCUUCGUGCUGAGCCGGCCCCAGCUCACCGAGCAGUACUACGACAUGCUCAUCGAGAGAAUACUGGACACGGGCAUCAGUGUGAGAAAGAGGGUUAUUAAGAUCCUGAGAGACAUCUGCCUGGAGCAGCCCACUUUCAGCAAGAUCACUGAGAUGUGUGUGAAGAUGAUCCGCAGGGUCAACGAUGAGGAGGGCAUUAAGAAACUUGUGAAUGAAACAUUCCAGAAGCUCUGGUUCACGCCAACGCCGAAUCACGACAAAGAGGCCAUGACCAGGAAGAUCCUCAACAUCACUGACGUGGUAUCAGCGUGCAGAGAUACGGGGUAUGACUGGUUUGAGCAGCUGCUUCAAAAUCUGCUGAAGGCAGAGGAGGAUGCCUCCUAUAGGCCGGCGCGUAAAGCCUGCGUUCAGCUGGUGGACAAUCUGGUCGAGCACAUCCUCAAGUAUGAGGAGUCUCUUGCAGACUGUGAGAAUAAGGCGGUGAACUCCAACCGUCUGUUAUCCUGCAUCACUACCCUCUACCUCUUUAGUAAGAUCCGUGCGCAGCUGAUGGUCAAGCAUGCCAUGACCAUGCAGCCGUACCUGACCUCCAAGUGCAACACUCAGAAUGACUUUGUGGUGAUCUGCAACGUGGCCAAGAUCUUGGAGCUGGUGGUGCCCCUGAUGGAGCACCCGAGCGAGACCUUCCUCGCCACCAUCGAGGAGGACCUGAUGAAGCUCAUCAUCAAAUAUGGCAUGCUGGUGGUGCAAAACUCGGUUAGCUGCCUUGGCGCUGUCGUGAACAAGGUCACUCAUAACUACAAGUUUGUUCUCACCUGCUUCAACCGAUACUACGGUGCGUUGAAUAAGCUGAAGGUCCAGCACCAGGAGGACCCGACCGGCACGGUGCUGUCCAGUAACAAGCCUGCGCUGCUGCGCUCACUCUUCACUGUGGGGGCCCUCUGUCGGCACUUUGACUUUGACCUGGAAGAGUUUAAAGGCAACAGCAAGGUGGUGAUCAAGGACAAAGUGCUGGAGCUACUGCUGUACUUCACCAGGACUGACGACGAGGAGGUUCAGACCAAAGCCAUCAUAGGCUUGGGCUUCCUGUUCAUCCAACACCCAGGCCUGAUGUUCGUCCCGGACGUGAAGAACCUCUACAACGACAUCCUGUCAGACAGGAAGAGGUCGGACAACCUGAAGAUCCAGGUGUUGAAGAAUCUGCAGACGUACCUGCAGGAGGAGGACUCACGCAUGCAAGAGGCUGACAGAGAGUGGAAGAAGCUGUCGAAGCAGGAGGACCUGAAGGAGAUGGGAGACAUCUCGUCUGGCAUGAGCAGUUCCAUCAUGCAGCUCUACCUGAAGCAGGUGCUGGAGGCCUUUUUCCACACGCAGUCCAACGUCCGACACUUCGCACUCAACGUCAUCGCCCUCACGCUUAAUCAGGGCCUCGUCCACCCUGUGCAGUGUGUGCCCUACUUGAUCGCCAUGGGAACGGACCCCGAGCCCAGCAUGCGAAACAAGUCAGACCAGCAACUGGUUGAAAUCGACAAGAAAUACACAGGAUUCAUCCAUAUGAAAGCUGUGGCGGGCAUGAAGAUGUCCUACCAGCUGCAGCUGUCCAUCGCGGCCAAGCCGGUCUCCAUCGUGCGGGGCUUCCGGCAGGACGAAACGCACUCAGCGCUCUGCUCGCACCUCUUCUCAAUGGUGCGCAGCAACCGGCAACAUCGCAGAGCCUUCCUCAUCUCCCUGCUCAACCUGUUCGACGACAGCGCGAAAACGGAGGUCAACAUGCUUCUCUUCAUCGCCGACAACUUGGCCUGCUUCCCCUUCCAGAGCCAGGAGGAGCCUCUCUUCAUCAUGCACCACAUAGACAUCACGCUGUCUGUGUCCGGCAGCAACCUGCUGCAGAGCUUUAAAGAGUCUUUACAGAAGGAGCCCAGGCAUCGAGAUAAGAAGGAGAAGAGAAGAGAGCGGGAACGCGAGCGCGAGAGAGAGCGGGAGCGGGAGAGGCAGCGGGAGUACGGCUCGGAGGACGAGGACGAGAAACUUCACAUGAGCCGGGGGAGCAGCUCGGACGAGUACGACGACGACGAGGAGGUGAAGAGGAGGCCAAAGAAGAGCAAGCGACAGGCGGCCGGUUUGGUCUCGGACUCCGACUCGGACGUGGACGACGUCGAAAAGGUGAUGGACCGUCUCCCGGAAAACCCCAUCCCGUUGCUGGACUUUGCGAACGCGUCUCAGGGCAUCCUGCUCCUGCUGGUGCUGAAGCAGCACCUGAAGAACCUCUACGGCUUCUCCGACAGUAAAAUACAAAAGUAUUCUCCCACGGAAUCAGCCAAGGUGUACGAUAAAGCCGUGAACAGGAAGAACAAUGUGCACUUCAGUCCCCGGCAGACCCUCGAGUUCCUCGGCAAUGACCUGUCCAGGGCUGACAUCACCUACGAUCUCAAGAAGAGGAUCGUUAGGCAAUAUCUGGACUUCAAGGUUCUGAUGGAGCACUUGGAUCCAGAUGAAGAGGACGAGGAAGGAGAGGCUGCCGCAGCGAGCGCCAAUGCCCGAAACAAGGCCAUCAGCGCUCUGCUGGGCGGUGCUAGCCCCAAGAACAACCCGGCCCCACCCGCCGAUUCUGAGGACGAUGAGAGCGACGGGGAUGAGAAGACACCUGGGUCAUCACGGCGGUCACGGAGUCGAGGGGGCGACCCAGACGGCCACAUGAACGAGGCGGUGGAUGCCAUGGACGUCAUCGCCAUACUCUGCCCCAAGUACAAGGACCGGCCGCAGAUCGCGCGGGUCAUCCAGAAGACCAGCACGGGCUACAGCGUCCACUGGAUGGCCGGCUCGUACUCCGGCACGUGGGCGGAGGCCAAGAAGCGCGACGGCCGCAAGCUGGUGCCCUGGGUGGACAGCAUCAAAGAGUCGGACAUCAUCUACAAGAAGAUUGCCUUGACGAGUGCGCACAAGCUUACUAACAAAGUGGUGCAGACUUUACGGUCACUGUACGCGGCCAAGGAGGGCAGCUCCAGCUAAUCUCUCUCCCACACACACACACAUACACACGCACACACACACACACAUUCACACACUCAUACCUUACAUAUACACGCAAAAACACGUACGUGAACACUUUGACAGGAACUCUCUGCAGCCAAACUUUAUUGGGAUUCCGGCAUUUUCUAAAAACCCUAUAGAGGACAUGCGAGAGUAGCGCAGACACACAAAAUUAAGAGUUGGUUGUGGGGCGGGGGGGAAGGGCCGGGGAUGGAGGGGAGAGGAAAAAAAACGUGCAGGGACGUUUGUGGUCUGUGUUGAACUGCUGGUGGAUCAAUGGGACUCGACUAAGUUAAACAGGACAAAAGAAAUUGUGCAGAAGGACUUGCUGGGAUCCAGGACAUAAAGAGGACAUAGACAUAUGGAGAGACGCACACAUGGAAGGAGAAUGUUUGGGAAGCAAUGUGUGGGAGCUCCUUCGCUGUUGUGCAGCAAACUCGGUUGUUUGAUUUUUACUCCCACUGUAUCAUAGUUUAACACACCAAGAAGAAAAAAACAAAAACAAAAAUGUUUAUAUCUGACAAAAAAAAAUCUGUUUAAAAAAAAUAAACUUAAAGUGAAUGUUGGAAAUUAGUCUGUUGAUGUUCUUAAUAAAGUGUUCUUGGAGUUUAACCUCGCGGCGGAUGGAUGGAUUUCUUUAGCUUAGCGCAGUAUCCAGGGCAAUGACCUUUGACUUCUCCCCUCCCUUGUUUGGCCCUGCUGUAACGCUGAAGUCUCCAGGAAGUAAUUUAUUCUGUUUGAACCGGAGCAUGCAGUAUCUGUGGCCUACAGGAAGGAGCGGUGUCGGUUUUCUUUUCUUUUUUCUUUUUUUUUUCUUUUUUUUCUUUUUGUAAAUGUAGAUUUUGAUGUAUUAGGUCAUCCCCCUAGAGAGAGAAAAGGGAUCCCCCCUGCACUUCUGGAGGAACAAAUACUGCAAUAAAUUUUUUACUUCUCUUUGUUA